AGAGGAAGAAAUAGAAAAACCAAAAACGACUACUGACGAGAGAAAUAAACAAAGAAUUCAGACAGUCGGAUGCGCUGAAGAAAAUACAUCUAUCAAUCACCGGAACCAGGCGGCGACAACGAACUAAUUUUCUUCCAUUUCCAGUAAAGAGACCAGAAUCUUCCUAUCUUCAGUGAGAGAAGAUUGAUAAAGAGAAUGUGAAUUUCUUUCGAAGUUCCGACCUUUCACUUACUUGCACUCACUCUCUCAGGUGAGGGUACAGUAUCUUUUGUAAAGUUGACAAGGAUGGAAGCGGAAAGGUUUUCAGUCUUAUAAACAAAACAAAGCAUGGAGAGUACUAGAAGAAAGGUACGUCGCCAGGUUUCUGGCAAGACCCGGAGAGAUGUCGCCUCCAAAAUGGCUAUCUCAGCCGAUGAUGGUGGAACAAGAUACUACGACAAGGUAUAUAAUCCAAACAAAAGGUCUCAAGCAAGGACAAUUUGUUCAAUCUUGUCGAAGAAAAAAAGAAGGGGUAGCGAGAUUUCAAAUAAUGGCUCCAGAAAGAAGCCUCAAAUUCGCCGAAAAGUCAUGCAGAAAUUUUCUGAUACCGAUUCUUCUGAUAAGCCGCUUUCGUCAAUAUUCAGACGUAGAAAAUCUUCUACUAGUAGAAGAGAUACCGAUGGGAAUCUUGGAAAUCAAAAAAAUGCUAGAAGAAGAAAGAGAAAUAGGAUGAAGGAGAAUAGAGAGCAGGAUGAAACAGUUCGUUUGCAAAGAAGAACAAAGUACUUGAUCAUUAAAAUGAAGCUGGAGCAGAAUCUGAUUGAUGCAUACUCUGGGGAGGGCUGGAAUGGCCAGAGCCGUGAAAAGAUUAAGCCAGAAAGGGAACUUCAAAGAGCCAAGAAGCAGAUAUUGAAGUGUAAGCUUGGGAUUCGUGACGCAAUUCACCAGCUCCAUCUGCUUGGUUCCAAGGGAUGCAUUGAACAAUCAGCAUUGGCUCCAGAUGGAUCUGUUUUUCAUGAACAUAUUAUCUGCGCGAAGUGCAAGUUACGAGAGGCUUUUCCAGAUAAUGACAUCAUACUCUGUGAUGGAACAUGUGAUUGCGCUUUCCACCAGAAAUGCUUAGAUCCUCCAUUAGCUACACAAAAUAUUCCUCCGGAUGAUCAAGGAUGGUUUUGCAAAUUCUGUGAGUGCAAGAUGGAAAUUAUAGAAGCUGUCAAUGCGCACCUUGGGACCCACUUUUCUACAAGCAGUAAUUGGCAAGAUGUUUUCGAGGAAGCAGCUGUAGAACCUGAUGAAAAUGCAUCACUCAACCCUGAAGAUGAGUGGCCAUCGGAUGAAUCAGAUGAUGAUGAUUAUGACCCAGAAAGAAAUGAAAUGAGCUGCAGCAUUAACGGAAUGGGCACUAAAGAUGACAAGGCUGAUGAAGCUAGUAGUUCCAGUAGUUUUUUAUGGACAUCUGAUGAAGAAGCCAAUUUACAGUCUAGAAGUUUAUUAGAAAAUGAUGGUAGCCCAGAAGGAGGAUUUUAUCAGAGUAAACAUAGAGGAAAGAACUCUGAUAAGAUAAAUCUUUCCAAGAUGAUAGACAACAAAAAUUCUGAUGGCAGUACUGAUCUUGAAAUUAGAAGUCGUCGCAGGCAAAGAAGGGAUGUCGAUUAUAGGAAACUGCAUGAUGAGAUGUUUGGAAAAGAUUUGGUCGAGAAUGAACAAGUUAGCGAAGAUGAAGACUGGGGUCCUUGCAGACAGCGGCGGAGAUUGAAUGGCAGUGACAUAGCUGGUACGCUGGUCUCUUUAUUUGGAGAUGAGGAUAAACAUUCGGAUGGGAAUCCUACAAAACCUAAAAAGAAACUCCGCAGAGUUCCAGACGAGAAAAGAACAUUGUUUAGAAUUCCCCCAGAUGCAGUUGAGGUACUUCGCAAAGUCUUUGCUGAAACUGAACUUCCCCCGAAAGAUGUCAAGGAGAACCUCUCUAAACAGUUGGGAAUUGCAUCUGAGAAGAUCAGCAAGUGGUUUAAGAAUACCAGAUACAUGGCACUUAAGAUCAGAAAGGAAGCCAAUGAAUCCAAUGCUGCAGCUGGAAGCAACCGCACUACUGAUCUAGCAGCCUCAAAAGCUAAGGCUUCUCUGCUCUCCUCAGAUAAUGAAGAAGCCAAACUAACAAAGUUCUCUGGAAAUGGUCGUAGAAGGAAGAAUAUGGAAUCUUUGACCAUCUCGCCAGCAAAGAAACGACGACGCAGUAGAACUGCUGGAGCACGGCCAACCAGUAUAAACGAGGUGAAUACAUUGUUGAAUAGUCCACCGAGGUUCAAAAAGAAAUCAACAAUUAAUCUUAAAAGAGAACAAGUUGUAGAAGACAAUAUCAUACCCAAGUAUGAACAACUAAAUUCAACUAAAAUUGAGCUACUUUAUUCUGCUGAGAUGGAGAGAUUAUGCAGUCUACAAGCUAAGCUAGAGGAGAUGAAGAAAGUUUUAAUAGGAAUACAAGAAGGAAAAAGUACCGCAACCAAAGAAACCAAUCAUGCUGAACAGCUUGUUGUGUAUGUUCCGGUUGCUGAGGUUAGGGUUAAAAGGUGAUUGUCAUGUAACAUUUGAUUAGUCUUAAAAAAGAGUAGUCCUGUAAACAGUUUCUAUCUACAAGUUAUAAAAGAAAGAAGAAGAAAUAUGCUUUAUGUUAUUACCUUUUUUU